CCAAAAUGGCGGAAAUACAGGUAGUGGAUGUUUCGUUGAUGAUGCGAUAAAAUUCGGAAAUGGAGAUAAUAAGGAAUUCCUGAGAAGUUAUUCAUGAAUAUAAAAAUUUCCCGUCGUAAAUAUACGAAAUAAUUUUCAUAAGUAAUCGAAUGUGAUUUUGUUUUUAAUAACUUUAACAAAAGUUUUUCCUAAACUUUAAAAUGGCUUCCGUCAUUUCAAUCGGGAAGAAAGAUAUUUAAAAUAAUUUAAAUACUAAAUUAUUUUUUUAAGAUGCGAAAGUUUAGUGAUAUUUCAAGAAACGUUUCUUCUGCCACUUGUUGAUAUUGAUAUUAUUUAAAAAUGUCUUUCCUUAAUAAUAUACGGAAAAUAUUUAGUUUGGGUAUGGGACCAGAUGCAAAAAGGAAGAGAGUUUGUUUAAAUAUUAAAUUUGAUGAGGAUCCAGAACAAAUAUGGGAAAUCGUUGGAGAGUUAGGCGACGGAGCUUUUGGUAAAGUCUUCAAGGCUCAAAAUAAAGAAACCAAGAAAUUAGCUGCUGCCAAAAUAUGUGAUUUGAAAGGAGAAGAUGAUUUAGAAGAUUUUACUGUUGAAAUUGAUAUAUUGAAAGAAUGUAAACAUCCAAAUAUUGUUGAAUUAUUAGAAGCCUUUUUUUUCGAAGGAAAAUUAUGGAUGUUGAUUGAAUUUUGUGAAGUGGGUGCAGUAGAUAGCAUAAUGAUUGAUCUUGAAAAGCCUUUAACAGAGAAACAAAUUCAGUAUCUGUGUCAUGAAAUUUGUCAAGGUUUAUCAUAUCUUCAUAAAAAUCGUGUAAUUCAUAGGGAUUUGAAAGCAGGAAAUGUGCUUCUAACACUUGAUGGAGAAGUUAAACUUGCUGAUUUUGGAGUAUCUGCUAAAAACAAACAAACAUUACAAAAACGAGAUUCUUUUAUUGGUACACCUUAUUGGAUGGCACCAGAAGUAGUAUUAUGUGAAACAUUUCGAGAUAAUCCUUAUGACUAUAAAGCUGAUAUUUGGAGUUUAGGUAUAACUUUAAUUGAAUUUGCUCAGAUGGAACCACCUAAUCAUGAAAUGAGUCCCAUGAGAGUUCUUCUAAAGAUACAAAAAUCUGAUCCACCAUCUUUGGAACAACCAUCAAAAUGGACUAAAGAAUUCAACAAUUUUGUUAAUCUCUGUUUGACGAAAGAUCCUCAACAAAGACCAACAGCAGAUGAACUCCUAAAGCAUCCUUUUCUCCAGUCAUCACCUGUAGAUCGUAAAUCAAUUUGUGAUUUGAUAAGUGAAUAUAAAGCUGAAGUUGUAGAAGAAGUAACUGAAGACAGUGAUGAAGCACAAAAUGAUACUUACAGAGCAAGUGUAUGUCGUUCCUCUCAUUUAAGUGUAGAAAGUGUAGCAGAAGAUAAUCUGUCUAAUCUUAGUGAACCUUUAGAAGAAAUUGCUGUUAAUAAAAGCCCCAUAACUGAAAAGAAAUCAAAAGCACCAUUACCUCCUCCUAGUCGAGCAAAAGAGUCCUCAGGGAAUCAUGUAGAUGAUCGUAAAGAAGAAGCUAAAGUAUCAUUUAAUAAUAAUUUGUCUGAUAAAGUGAUAGAUAAUGAAAAGCAACUUACAAAUGAAUCAUUAGAAGAAGCAAAUUACUCUCAAAAUGUUAUUUUAAACAGCAAUUUAAAAAUUCAUUCAGAAAAAGAACAACUUGCAAUAUCACCUCCACCAAUAUCAAGUACAACUUCAACUCCAGUUUCCAGUCCAAUUCAAGCGGGUGAAGUUGUUGUUGUGUCAAGUUAUUCAAUACAACAUGAAGAUAUUGCAUCUGAAAUAGAAUUAAACGAUAACAUUCCUGAAGCUGUUAAUUUGCAUGUUAAACAACAAAAUAAAAUUUCACCACAAACUAGAAAAGAACAAACUAACUGGAAAGCCAGUGAUGGUGAAGUUACUGUUUCUUCAAGUCAUAGUAUUUUAGACUCUAGUGAUGAAAGAUCAAAUUCAAACAAAGAUACAACUCAGGAAUCUGCACACGUUUCUAUUGUUACCAUUGGUGAUGUGGAAGAAGUAAAAGAUUCAUCAAGACAUUUAGACAAUUCACCAAUAAUUUCUAAUAGUGUAGAAAUUGAGAAAAGUUCCAAUAGUUUGGAAACUAAUGAUGUAAUUGUUGUGAGAACACCAUAUUGUGAGCAGUGGGAACGUAAAAGUGCGUGUACUAAUGAAACUUUUAUUGAGGAUAAAGUUAAAGAAGAUAAAAUAUAUGAUGAUAAUUUUGGACAAGAUAGAAUUUCAAUAAAGACUUCAUCUAGUGCAUCAUCAGAAGAAAAGCCAAAAAUUAAAGUAAAUCUUAAUUUAAAGAAAGAUAAUUCUGUUGUUUCUUCUGUACAUUCUCCAAGCUCUAUUAGUGAAACUAGUAAUGCUUCCUCAGGAAAUGAACUUGUGUACAGUCCAUUAUCAGAAAAUGCUAAAAGUAUCAAAGUUAAAAAACAAACAAGCGAUACAGAAAGUGUUUCAACUCUUGAUAGUAUGGGAAGUAGGAAUAGUAGUGAUAAAGAAAACAGAAAUAAAGAAGAACCAGAGAUUAUAUACAGGAAGAAAAAAGAAAAGGAACAAAACAACAGGACUUCAAACUUGUCAAAGAAAGUUAAUGGUGUUUCUAGUACAAACUCAACUAGACAAAAAACAUUAACAAGAACAAGAAAAUUUGUUAUUGAUGGUGUUGUUGUGACUACUACUACAAGUAAAGUUAUUUAUGAAGAUGAAGAUAAACAGUUACAAGAUGAUCACAUAUUAAGGAAACAAGAAUUACGUGAAUUAAAAAUGCUCCAAAAACAAGAAACUAAACAGUUUCAAGAUCUUUCUACAAAAGCUCAAUUUCAUCGUGAACAACAAGAGAAAAAAUUUGAACAAGAAUUAACAGGAUUACUUCGUAACUAUGAUAAUGAUUUAGAGGCAUUGAAUAGACAACAGAAACAACAAGUAGAAAAGGCAGAACAGCAGCAAGAAUUGGACUUAAAAUUUGCAUCAAGAAAAAUUCGUUGUGAUCAAGAAAAAGAAUUAAGAGCUUUCCGUGAUUCUCUCAAGAAUGAAUUUAAAUUGCUCAAACAAGAAACAGAAUUAUUACCAAAAGAUAAAAGAAAAGACAUCUUUCGAAUUCGCAGGGAACAAAUGGAAUUAGAUCAAGCAGAAAGAGAGCGAGUGUUUCUAGAAAAAUUAAACGAAAAUCAUGAAUUAUCUAUGAAAAGGUUGGCAGAUAGUCACAGAGAAAAGAUUGCAAUGCUAGAACGUCAGUUUCUCCAACAAAAACAACAGUUGUUAAGAGCAAAAGAAGCAGCUUUAUGGGAAUAUGAAGAGAGACAUCUUCAUGAAAAACAUCAGUUAAGUAAGCGACAGUUGAAGGAUAUAUUUUUUCUACAGCGUCAUCAAAUGUUAAUACGUCAUGAAAAGGAAUUAGAACAAGUAAAGAGAAUGAAUGUGAGGAAAGAAGAAAUGCUAGUGAAGCAACAAGCUGUUGAAAAGAGGCAGUUGCCGAAACGUAUAAGGUCAGAGAUGAAAACACGAGAACUAAUGUUUAAGGAGAGCCUCCGAAUUAGUAUAACAAAUUUAACAGAAUCACCAGAUGAUGAGAGAAUGAAGAUAAGAAAGUUUCAAGAUGGAGAAAAGAAAAGAUAUAAAGCAGAGCAACAACGACAAGAACUAAAACACAAACGUCAGUUAGAAGAGUUGAGAGCUGCUGCAGACACAACCAUUCGUGAAUUAGAACAGUUACAAAAUGAAAAACGUAAAAUGCUGAUGGAGCAUGAAACUCUUAAAUUAAAACAAUUAGAAGAAGAACAUUUAAUAGAACUUCGAGAAUGGAAAACUAAUCUUAAACCACGAAAACAGAAAUUGGAGGAAGAGUUUGCAAAACAAAGAGAAGAACAAGAAAGGUUCUACGGAAACCAGAUACCUUAUCCUGAUUACUAUGUUGAUGAUAGAGAUUAUCUGCAUCCAUCCACCGUGCAAAGAUCGGACAGUUUUCAUCCAAAUAUAUAAAAAGCUUCCAAGAAAGACUGUCAUUUAAAAAAAAUUAUAAUUAUAUAUGUAAAGAAAUUGCUAUAAAUGCCAGCAUUUAGUUAUAGACUAAAAAUGGAAUAUAUUUUUGCUUUCUUUUUAAAGGAAAAUUUCAUGAAAAGAUGUGCAAAUUACAUCUCUUGUUAAAAAGAAAUCAUAUAUAUUCAUUCUCCACACAUCAUAUUAUAACUGGAAAUUCAACUUUUAUUGAAAAAAAUGUGAUAUAACAUACAAGAGAAUUUGUUAAAUUGUUAAAAAUUAUAUUUUUUUGAAGAAUAAAUUAAGAGGUCCAAUUUUAGUACUCUUCAGGUGAUUUGUAAAAAUAUCAGAUAUUUUUUAAUUUAAAUCAAAAUGUUGCCUUCAAAUUUUUUAUAAUCUGGUUUAUAACAAAACAUUUAUACAACUAAAUAACAAUGUUUAAUAUUUGUAUAGAAAAAAACUAUUUAACUAAUAAUCAUCAUUACAGUUGGUAGGAGUAAAUACUCCUAGUCUGUGAUUAUAUUUUUUCACAAGUUUUUAGCAUACUUUAUAUUUACGAUCCCUUACCAAGGAGAUAAAUACCAUAAAUUUAUGGUGGCCAAUUUAAUUUUUUGUAAUUCCUAAUUAAUUCCUAAUGAGAAGAUAAGAAUUUGUAGUAUGCUAAUUUUAACUUGUCAGGAGAUGGGAAAUUAGAUAAAAAUCUCCUUAUUAAAUUGUAUAAUAUUCGAGUCCCAUCUUUUUUUGUAAAUGUCUUUGAAAAUAUAUGAAAUGGCAUUAAACAAGUGUAUAAUAAUAAUAAUAAUGUGUGUUUACUUAUAUGUGAAUAAGUUAUGCUCAAUGCUUUAAACCUGAAGUUUUGAUUAUUUUAUUAAACAUCUCAAAUAUUUUGAAGUAAAAUUUCCAUUUCUACAUAGGUCCUUAAGUUAAUUGAUUUACUUAAUAACAAAUAAAUCAAUUCAAAGAAUUUACAUUAAGAAUUCCAACAUUAAUAACAACAUUAAUUCUGUAAAAUGCUGAAUCAUGAAAAAGAUGAAGCAAUAUAUGUAAAUUGGUAUAUAAAGUUCUAAUUAUACAAGAUAAAACAA